UUGUAAUAUAAAGUACUGGCCGUUUGGUUUUUAGAAAAAACAAAAAAGAUGAAAUUCUUCGCCGUAUUCGCCGCCGUGUUGGCUCUGGCCGCUGGGUCUCCGUAUAGUUGGUCGCUGCAAGAGUUGUCCGAAGCCCUGCAGAACCCGCACACCAACCCCGAGUACAUCCCAUACCUGGAACAUGCACUCAACCAGAUGAUGGAAGACCUGCACGCCGGCAAGCCUGUUGCUCCUGUUGCUGUUAUCAUGCCAACAGCUUCCCAAUGGACCUUGGAGGAGUUAUCCAACGCUCUCCAGAGCCCGGCUACCGAUCCCGCCAUCGUUCCCUACCUAGAAGACGCCCUCAACGCCAUGAUGGAUGCUCUCUUUAACGGACAACAGAUCGAGACCAUGCCAGUCGUCAUUCCCGUGGAGCUGGCGCCCGUUCAGGCCGGUGCAGACAUCAUUACUGCCCCAGUGAUCGCUACCCCAGUUCUCCCCACUCCCGUAUUGCCUGCCCCAGUUCUCCCUGAGAUGCCCGUCCCUGAGGUGCCUGCCCCUGAGGUGCCUGCCCCCGAGGUGCCUGAUCCCGAAGGUUCACUUUUGCCAGAAUCACCUGAACCUUCUCCAGAAGUAGUCAUCCCCGGCCCGAUAAUUCUACCCAUGCCAGUCCUUCCUGAAGUACAACCUGAACCAGAGGCAGUCAACCCCGGACCAAUAGUUCUACCUAUGCCAGUCCUCCCUGAAGUUCAACCAGAACCUGAGGUGGUCGUUCCCGGACCAAUCGUUAACCCUAUGCCAGUUUUACCCGUAGUACAACCAGAACAAGUAGAAGAACAGACCCCUCAAAAUCCGAAUGGUGAGAUUUUCAACGACGGUAAUGUACAAGUAAUUGUCAACGGUCCUGAACAGCCAGGUGUGCUCUCGUCUAUCCAAAGCUGGUUCCAAAUGUUCCUGAAUUACUUCAGCAACGGUGUGCAAACCUCGCAGCAGAUAUUCUAAAUUUAAAUUGAAUUU